AUGAGUGCAUCGAAUGAGGAUCGAGAUACGGAAUCCAACGAGGUAAAAUUUGUUCGUUUUUGUUCUUUAAAUCGCGAAAACAAGACCCACGACCAAGUUGGACGCCCAAAAAUACGUCUCACGCCUAAACUGAACGCGGAAAACCUAGAUCCACGUCCAAACCGAACGCACGGGAUGGUACUUGGCGCCCGGUUCGAACGCGAACAAGUAUUUCCCGCGUCCGGUUCGGGCGCGGAGAACUACUCCCCGCGGCCGAUUUGGGCGCCAAAAACCAAAAACCACGUCCGGUUUGGGCGCGGAAAACUGCCAACCGCGUCCGGUUUGGGUGCCCAAAACCGAUUUCCGCGUCCGGAAGAGCAACAACAAAAUUCUUCUACAUUUGAAGUUGAUCAUAGUGAGCAUUUUAUAGUACCGGAACUUUUUAACUCGAGGAUUGAGUUGGUACAAUGGGCGAGAAUGACCGCCAAGAAUCUUGGUGUAAAGUUGGUGAGCCGUAGUAGCCCUUCAAAUAGAGCAUAUCUUACUUGUGAUCUAUUUGGGGUGAAGAGACCAAGUAAAACAGACACAGAUGUGCCAAACUCUCGAUGGUCGGGCACAAAGAAGAUUAAUUGUAAAUUUUACUUGAAGGGAGAGCAACAUUACGGGGAUAGAUGGGGAAUUAGAAUAUUAUACGGGAAACAUAAUCAUGAUCCCGUAUAUUUGUUUGGGCAUGGGUCUACGAAAAUGACUGAAGAGGAGGUGGAAAUCACUCGGAUGUUGGCAAAAAGUCAUGUGCCGCCGAAGAAGAUUUUAAUACAUUUGAAAGAGAAGAACUUGGCAAAAGAUGUGCAUUUGAGACAAAUAUACAAUGAAAAGGAGAAAAUGAAAAAGGAGGCUAGAGGCGGACAUACAAUUAUGCCGCAUUUGGUUGGGUUGCUUGAGGAACAUAAGUAUUAUAAGUGGAUCCGCACUGAUCCAACUACGCAUGAAGUGAUUGAUCUGAUGUGGGCACACCCUCAGUCGGUCGAAAUGUUGAGACUGUUUCCAUACGUUUUGUUGUUUGACUGUACGUACAAAACAAAUGUGUACAAAAUGCCUUUGUUGGAGAUUAUUGGUGUUUGCUCUGAGGGUCUGAAUUUUACUGUUGCAGUGGCAUUUAUGCGCCAUGAAAAUGAAGAUCAUUAUACGUGGGCGUUGAACAAUUUGAGAAAACUAUACCUCCCAAACAAUGUACCGGGGGUCGUUGUGACUGAUAGGGAAUUGGGGCUAAUAAAGGGGUUAGAGAAUGUGUUCCCAGAGUCAUAUCAUCUUCUAUGCACAUUCCAUAUCAAUAGGAAUGUGGGUCGUCGUGCUGCACAAUGCUUGGGUAACAGUAAGUCUCGAGGAAUUACCUUCGUUCGUGAGGUUUGGCAAAAAGUUGUAACUUCACUAUCUGUUGCACAAUACGAGAGUAACCUUGCGGCGAUGGUCGAUGAGUACAGAAACAAUGCGGAUUUACUCGAGUACCUAGAUACGACUUGGCUCAUAUACAAAGAUAGGUUUGUUCGUGCAUGGACAGAUUAUGUAUUCCACCUCGGCAAUACCUCGACAAACAGGGUUGAGAGCGGUCAUAAAGCAGUAAAGGAUUGGUUGUCGUCGUCCACCGGUGGAUUUGACACCUUUUGGGCUCAGUAUCACUCACAGAUGAUCAUUCAACUUAAUGAGAUUCUGAAAACAUUUGGCAAAUCAAGGAGGAUCCGAGCGAAGACUAUCAAUGUACCCAUUUUUAGGAUUUUAUCUUCCGGAAUCGUCACACAUGCGGCCCUUAAACUUUUGGACGUUGAGCGUAAAAAAAAUGUCGAGAAUUGCAAUUGUUACUUGAAGAACACUCACGGUCUCCCUUGCAAACAUGACAUUGAUCUUAAAGAGAGUAGACGUGGUGGUGUGUUUUAUGCAGAAGAUGUCCAUAAAUUUUGGAGGACCAUGAUUUUGUUGGAUGGCAAUGAUGCUGAGAGUGUCGAUUCAGUCCCCGAUCAUAGGACACAAGCACUUGGAAGAUUAGAAGGAUUGGUUGAGGAAUUGCGUCAACGUUCUGACGUUGAGAUUAAUGAUGUGGCGGACAUAGUUUUUGAAAGGAUACACCCCGGCGAGACGGAAUUAAAUGAGCCGUCAGUACAACGACCAAGAGGCAGACCGAGGAACAACUCCACGCAGAGAGAAUUGUCAGCAUGGGAACCUCGACCACGAGGUAGUAGAGGCCGUCGAGGCAGUAGAGGUCGUGGUCCACCUUCUGAUUCAUCUAGCAGAAAUCGUAGUCGAGGUCGUUCAUCUACUGUAAGUGGGGGCGAACCGGAACGCAUUGUCCAACCUGAGUUUAUCCGGAAUCUACAUUUUGCACUUGUACCCGAUGUUGUGACGUGGAAGAACGUGUUAGGCGAUGGUAACUGCGGAUACCGGUCUGUUGCAUGUGCAGUCAAGGGCGACGAGGAGAAUUGGUAUGAUGUUAGAUUGGAUGUUUAUAAUUUUCUCAAAAAUAAUGAAGUGUUUUUCAAAGACUACUAUGGCGGCGGGAAUUACAUAUAUCAAGUGAUGACAAGUGUGGCACAUUGGCAAAAUGGACCGGCACCGCUAAAUAAAUGGAUGACUAUUACGGACGUGGGAGUGGUCGUAGCAACAUGUUACAACGCUUUGGUGUUGUCGACAAGCAGUUCUGGAAAUCAGACGUAUUUGCCGCUUUUCUCCCCCGUUGGUGUUUCACAACUAUCGCACGAGAUGACCAUUGUAUACCUGGCGGAAGGGAGUCAUUUUGUGUAUGUGAAGUUGAAUGAUAAUUGUCCACUGCCUCCAUUUGACAUGCAGUGGCGGAGGUAUAGGAACGAUAGUGUAGCUUAUUUGGACGAUGCAUUAGCGGGUAGACGUCAUUUGGGAUACUCCAUGCAUAAUCAUUGGACUCGUAUCUCGUGA